UGAAGAACCAAAAUUCUUCAAACAUUCACCUGGCUUUCAAUAUUUUAUGAUUUUCUUUUAUUAUGUUUUGUUUAUAUUUUAAAAUCAAUAGGUUCUAUAACUCAAAUAAUUUAGUUUUUCAGGAAUCCAAUAAAUUAUUAUGAACAUUUAUAAAAAUGCCUCAACAGUUGCCUAUCUUAACUUGUAUGGCCAGAAGUUAAACGUACCUUAUGCAGCAUAUAUAUCUCACUCAAAUCAGAUUUGAAAUAAGCGAUAUUAAAGAUACAGAAUUAGAAUCACUAUUUAAAUUAUUGAGAUUUUCAACUCCCGAUGAACAGAUAUUCUUGGACCCGUCUGAACUUAAAUUUCCUAAUAAAAACUUUGGAUUGGUCGAUAAAUUUUUAGGGAAACGAAAAUAUCAUAACAUCACUAUAGAAACUAUAAUAAACCCAAGAAGUUACAAUAAUACGUUGGGUUGUCGCAAAGAAACUCAAAUUUCAAUGGAUCGCGAGAAUAAUGGGCCUCAGUACAAUCCUCAAAAAUUUAUGUGCAAUGGGUUAUCCGAGAAUAACUCCCACCAAGACCAAUUUCCGAGUGAGGGUGAAUGGCAUACGAUCAAAAAAAAGCACGCUAAUAAAUCUAAUAAAACAGAGUUAAUUGGAAAACUUGAUAAUGACAGCGAGAAAGUGUAUCAAGAUUUAAAUUAUAAAGAAGAGGAACCGCCUACCAACCAAACUAAUUCUUAUAUAAACUUUUAUUAUGGCAACCCCUCGACUCAUGUAAUAAAGGGUCUUUUGCAUAUCUAUAAGGAAAAUGUUCCUCGGAACAUCGAAAAACCUAACGAGAACACAUAUCCCAACCCUAACAUCGAAAACAACAAUGAUAGAAAAAAGUUAGAAUAUCGCGAUAAACUUACUACAUCGCCACCGUUAAAAAUUGGGGAAUAUGCCCGUUCCAACGUCGACGAUAAUGAUAAAUGCAUAUCCGGUAUAGAUAAAUUGGACAUCGCAGAUAAUCGAAACCACAUUUCCCAAAAUACAAAUGAUGAACCCCAUAGAAGCUUAGAUAUGGUUUGUAUCCUGUCAAUCCCUCUUAGGUACACUACCCACCGAUUUCUCAAAUUUCUUUCCCCUUUCCUAGAUUCUACCAUCUACAUACGCAUACUGAAGGACGGUUCUCCCAACCAUUACAUGGCUCUCGUCAAAUUUCGCCACCCCUAUGAUGCUACCGAAUUUUAUCACGCGUUCAACGGCGUGCCCUUUUCAAACAACAUAAACACCCACAUCAUUCUCAACAAUAAUAAUUCGACCUCUGUUCUCAAUAAUCGUACCCAUACACCCAUCAACGAUGUUUGCCACGUGGUAUUCGUAUCCCGGAUUGAAUGCGAAAGUUUGGAAAAUUGUUCCCCAUUCCCCCCUUCCGGCACUACAGAGUUACCGAAAUGCAUUGUUUGCAUGGAAAGGAUGGAAGAAUCUGUAGAAGGGGUCUUGACCGUAUUUUGCAAUCAUUCGUUCCACACUCAAUGCCUCUCUCAGUGGAAAGACAGUUCUUGUCCGGUUUGUAGAUUUUCCCAGACCGGCAACAUUUCGACCUCACUUAACGAUAUCAACGACACCUCAUCUUUUAUCCGGCGUUCUACGCUGGAACUGAACGAAAACUCGGACGAUGAAGUAAAUGAACGAAUCGAGGAAAAUGAAUGUCUAGAGGAAGGAUGUGAAUCGAGGGCGGAUUUAUGGAUUUGUCUGAUUUGCGGAAACGUGGGGUGCGGAAGGUACUUGGGAGGUCACGCUUCUAAGCAUUUCGAGUUAACUCAACACACUUACUCGAUGGAGCUCGAAACAGGUAGGGUAUGGGAUUACACUGGGGAUAAUUACGUUCACAGACUUAUACAAAAUAAAGCAGACGGUAAAAUGGUCGAAUAUGUGCGGGAAGGUUCGACACUUUUGAAUGGGUUUCUCAACGCCUCCAGGACUCGAACUAAUGAAAGUGACGAAAAGGGCAGGAAAAAUAAGUCAAGGAAGAAACACAAGCGCCUGCGCAAGUCUAAGAAAUCGUGUCACGUGAAUGAUGACCAACAUAAAUAUUCGGUCGAAACCGAAAUCAAUGCUUCCGAUACAGUUGAAAUUAAAUCGUGCAUGUGCGAGAUCCUAGCCAUAGAGGAUGAAGAUAAACCACAAGAAAAGGAAACAACGCCUAACGUAGUAGACGAAACACCGUUAUGCCAUAUGUGCGGAAAAUUUCGGUAUCCUCCUACGCAAGUCCACGAUGACGAUGAUCUAGGGUCCUCUUACACGGAUGAUAAUAGUGAUUAUAGCGACUAUUUCAAUUACCCCGAUUAUAACGGAGACAACCCUUUAAGAAUGGGCGUCGUUCAGGACGAGAUGGAAAAAUUGGACUCAGUUAGUCUCGAAUAUAGUUACCUCAUGAGUCGACAGCUGGCUUCUCAGAGAGCUCAUUUCAAGGACGAAAUUGAGAAAAUAGAGAGCGAAUAUUUAUCCAAGAUGGUGGUCCAUCGGGACGAGCUUCACGCGGGCUCCUUGCAACUGGCCGAUCUCACCAAAAAGUUGGCACUUUGCGAAAAGGAGAAAGAAAAAUUGGAGAAAAAAUAUGGCGUACUCGGUGAAAAAUUUGAGAAACUGCUCAAGAAUUACUACGAGGAGAAGAGUAUCAACAAAUCUCUGGCCCAAAAUCAGGAGCUUCUCAAAGGAGAAUUAUCGAGAUUGGAAAAUAAGAUGAAGGAGUCGGUCGAAAGUAAAGAUGGCGAAAUACGUGAACUUCAAGAGCAAAUGCGGGACAUCAUGUUUCACUUUAACGCUCAAUCCCAAAUCUCAGCUUCCGAACUUAACAGCGAAAUUCAGGAAGGCACUCUAAUCAUUCCUAACGAACCACCCCGUGAUAGCCUCAAUAAAAACGCAAAAAAUCGUCGAAAUAAGCCGAAGAAAUAAAUAAUAUAAAUUUGUUGCGGGAAUUAUAUAGUAUUUAAAAUUUAUUUAUAUAUAUAUACUUUAGCAAAUACAUCUAUUUUUUGGCCAAUGUUCAUUUAAUCUUCCAUAUGCACAUAUAUUUAUCAUAGUUUCGUAUAUUCCAAAAGUGUAAGUUUAUUUAUUAAAAUAUUUUGUAGCAAAAU